UCUAACAGGUUACAGUUUCACCUGCAUACUUCCAUAGACGAACAUAAACGGGGAAAGGAGAACGCAUGAUGAGAGAUGAUUAUGAAGACUCUGUGAGGAGAGAGAUGUCGGACCACAAUAAGGGAUUAUUUGAGCGCAUGCCAUAUGUCAGACCCAUAGCGCUCGGCCUCUCAAUGGAUCACCAGAUCGCGCACUACAAGGACACGUUUGGACUGCCCUUUCCCCUGGACACAACAACCUACCUGGAUCCUGUGUACGGUCAGAGAUUCUCAGGGAGUCUCUCAUAUUUCCCAUUCCACAGCCACAUCGGUGUAUAUGACUAUUCAUUCGAACCAGCGUUCAUUCGAAAAAGGAACGAAAGGGAACGGCAGCGAGUGCGCUGUGUAAACGAGGGUUAUGCACGGCUCCGGGAGCAUCUUCCCCAAGAGUUCGAGGACAAAAGACUCAGCAAAGUGGAGACACUGCGUGCUGCAAUAUACUACAUAAAACACUUGCAGAGUCUGUUAGAUGUCAAUUUGUCCAGUGGUGGUGGGAUAGUUGAAAUGUCAGCUGGAGAGAUGCGCAGCGGUGCGCCGGUGCCAAAGAUGACAGAAUGCAACAGCGACGGCGAAUCAAAGAACAGCGACAGUUUCUAGAACUGUGUAAAACGAAUUAACUGUAUUUCAUAUCACUUUAUGCUAUCCUUGUUGAGGUUUGGUCAGAGAAAUUGACAUGAGAGUUAUAUUCAUGAGCUGUGUACUCUAUCAUUAAUUUCAAUUAACAUUUUGAUCACUUGAUUUUGACAAAAAGUAACAAGACAGUGCAUUUUGACAAUGAACACCGUGGACUCUGUAAAGCCUGCUAUCAUAUACUAAAUUAGUCAAGAAAUUAAGAAUUAAGUUGGGCUUCUUCUAAAGGAUUAGGGCUUGCCUUUCAUUAACUAGUAGAAAACAGAUAAUUCAGUCUACAAUCAUUCCUGUUAUAGAUUAUGGCGAUAUUAUAUACAUGAAUGCAGCUACCAGUGUUUUGAAGCCAUUGGACACAAUAUAUCAUAGCACACUUCGUUUUAUAACAUCUGACAGUUUUGACACUCACCACUGCAUCCUUUAUAAAGUUGGUUGGACCUCGCUAAAAACACGUAGUUCACUUCAUUUUUCUGUGUUUGUUUAUAAAGCCUUACUCAAUAAACUACCAAUUUAUUUAACAUCAUUGUUGAAAUAUAGAAACUCGGAUUACAACACUAGAUCACAGGGUUGGUUAAUGCUGGAGACUCCACCUGUAUCCACAAUUGGCUAAAUCUGCUUUUUCCUACCAGGCCCCUAUCAUGUGGAAUAAUCUCCAAGUAACGUUUCAUUUGGAUGUGUUGUUGUCUCAGGGUCAGUUUAAGAGAAAGGCUAGGGAUUUUUAUAUUGA